AUGACGUGGCGAACCAUCCUAUUCCAAUAUUGUUUUCUCUUGGUUACAUUUCUAUUAACUGUGCUUGAAGCUGUGCCUAUAGACGUAGACAAGACAAAAGUAAAAGAUGCUCAACCUGUGGACAGUGCCAAAAUAGAACCACCAGACACUGGACUUUACUAUGAUGAAUACCUCAAGCAAGUGAUCGAUGUGCUGGAAACAGACAGUCAUUUCAGAGAAAAACUUCAAAAAGCAGACAUAGAGGAAAUAAAGAGUGGGAGGCUAAGCAGAGAACUUGAUUUAGUAAGUCAUAAAGUGAGGACAAGACUUGAUGAAUUAAAAAGGCAAGAAGUAUCAAGGUUAAGAAUGCUCAUUAAAGCUAAAUUGGAUUCUCUUCAAGAUACAGGUAUAGACCAUCAAGCUCUUCUAAAACAAUUUGAACAUUUAAAUCACCAGAAUCCUGACAAGUUUGAGCCCACAGAUUUAGAUAUGCUAAUCAAAGCGGCUACGAGUGAUCUAGAAAAUUAUGAUAAGACUCGACAUGAUGAAUUUAAAAGAUAUGAAAUGAUGAAGGAGCAUGAGAGGAGGGAAUAUUUAAAAACAUUAAAUGAAGAAAAGAGAAAAGAAGAAGAAAUUAAAUUUGAAGAAAUGAAGAAAAAGCAUGAAAAUCAUCCCAAAGUUAAUCAUCCAGGAAGCAAAGAUCAACUCAAAGAAGUGUGGGAAGAAUCUGAUGGAUUGGAUCCUAAUGACUUUGACCCCAAGACAUUUUUCAAAUUACAUGAUGUCAAUAAUGAUGGCUUCCUAGAUGAACAAGAAUUAGAAGCUCUAUUUAUUAAAGAGUUGGAGAAAGUAUAUGACCCCAAAAAUGAAGAAGAUGAUAUGGUUGAAAUGGAGGAAGAAAGGCUUCGAAUGAGGGAACAUGUAAUGAAUGAGGUGGAUACUAACAAAGACCGACUGGUGACUUUAGAAGAGUUUAUGAAAGCAACAGAGAAAAAGGAAUUCUUGGAGCCAGACAGCUGGGAGACUUUGGAUCAGCAGCAGUUUUUCACAGAGGAAGAACUGAAAGAAUAUGAAAGUAUGAUCUCUGUACAAGAAACAGAACUAAAGAAAAAAGCAGAGGACCUUCACAAACAAAAAGAAGAGCUGCAACGUCAGCAUGAUCAACUUGAAGCUCAGAAACUGGAGUAUCAUCAGGCUGUGCAGCAAAUGGAACAGAAAAAAUUACAAAAAGGAAAUCCUCCAUCUGGACCAGGUGGAGAAUUGAAGUUCGAGCCACACAUUUAAAGACUGAAGUCCACCAGAACUUGGAAGACAGCUGUUAAAUCAAUACCUAUCUCAUCUUUUUAAUCUCCCUUCCUUUUUCUGUGUUCAAUAAAUAUUUUAAAGCAUAUAUGGAAUAAA